GAUGAAGGCCAAAACCACUUCUGUGCAAAACGUGUGAGUGUAUUGAUCUGCAGUCCAUCUCGCACCCUUCCUUCGUGCCUUGCAUUUGACUCACAGGCGACAAAAGUAGAUCUCUUCUAUUUUUGCAGUUCCCAUAGCUGAGAAGCGUCUCAUGGAUGUCAAACUGGGCGAGUUGGGAAGUUGGUUCGGCGCACGCGACUUCACCCCUAAUGGCGUCAUCUCUGCUGUGCGCAGAGGCCACGACAGAUACUACAACAAGUACAUUAACGUGAAGAAGGGAGGCAUUGGCGGUGUUGCAAUGCUGCUCGUCGGUUAUGUGGCUCUCAGCUACUUGUGGGAAUACGACCACAUCAAACAUGAUCGCUGGAGGAAGUACCACUAACAAGCUCCAUCAGACCUUCUGCGAUGGACUGUUCAGCUCUUCCGACCCUUUGCUUUCUCAGCCCGUUGUUGAAUAUGUGACCGUUGUGACCAAUAAACAAUAUUAACAGUG